UUCGUUGUGUUGCGUUCAUUUAUUUCGUACGGUUCGAAGUCAGUUUGACAUUUCGUGUUUCACGUGUUUAGUGUAUUCGUUCUUCUCGUUAUCAUUUCGAAAUUUUCUGUGUUAAAAAUGCCCGCCGAUCAAGAAUUGAAUUCCGUCCUGAUCAGGAGGCAGGAGAUCAACGACGCGUUGGACAACGGGGACGAGGUGAAGAUUAAAUAUAGGGUAGUCAAUGUUUACACCGAAUUCCACGAGUUCACAAGGAAGGAAAUUAAACAGUACGAGAGUACAUUUAAAAGAUUUAACACAAAUAAUGACGGAUUUCUUUCGAUUGACGAGUUGAAGCGAAUGAUGGAAGUUCUUGGAGCUCCACAAACGCACUUGGGACUCAAAGCAAUGAUCAAAGAAGUGGACGAGGAUGGGGACAAUCGUCUUUCGUUCAGAGAAUUCUUGUUGGUCUACAGGAAAGCUCGUGCUGGUGAGCUGAACGAAGACUCUGGAUUGGGGCAACUGGCCAAACUGACUGAAAUUGACGUCGACAAGGUUGGAGUUAAUGGAGCCAAAGCGUUCUUUGAAUGCAAGAUUCAGGAAUUGGCCAAAAAGAGCAAAUUCGAGGAUGAAAUAAUGCAAGAACAAGAGGAAAGAAAGCGCAGUGAAGAAGAGAAGGCCCAAAGGCGACAGGAAUUUUUGCAAAAAGCAGCCAUAUUCAAAUCUUAAGCUGGACGGCUCUUUUAUUUCGUACAAUAAGCAAAACUUGUAAUUGCUGAGCUAAGAAUAAAUUUUAUUUUGCAUUUUAUAUACCAUACAAAACAUAAUUAAUAUAAUAUAUCUAUUAUAUUAUUUGCUUUGUAAAUAAGAUUCGAUUUAUAAUUUUACUUAUUAGUUUUAGUAAUACUUUUUAUAUAUAUGAUAUGUGUAAUAAUGAAUGUGAUAAUUUUAGAUAAGUGUACAAUAAAUUAGACUUAAGUAUUAUGAAA